CAACAACAACCAACAACAAACAACCAAUGAAGCAAUCAAAUUUAGUUUAAUUUGCUUUAGCCGACGUUUGUCUCAAAACCCCACAACACACACAGCACAAGGAGCCCAAAUCUUUUGCCAAUGAGUCGCAGACAGUCAUUGGAUCGACCAGGAAUAUUGUCUCCUCCGGGUCCGUUUCUGACGCCCAGUCCAUCGCCAUCGAUCUCAGCUAGCCCUCGUCUGCAACCAUCGCCAUCGCUGUCGCCGUUCCCACAGGAUGUGGUGCUCGUAGCCGGUGGCAGUCAAGUAAACGCCAACAGCAAUCCCCAGGAACACGAGCGCAAGGCGGCGACGCCUGGCAGGAGACAGUCCAUCCAUCAGUUCACCAAUGGCAGCCCCAAUGCUGGAACCGUCGUCUUCCAGCCCAGCCCAUCCCAAUCGCCGGCCGCUGCCACGACGGUCAUCGGCGUGACCAGUGGUGGCCUGAUAGCCACCGCCGGCGGCGGAUCGGGUCUGAGCACCGGAGUAGGUGCUGGCAACAGUUCCGGAAUCGGAGUGGGAGUGGCCCUGCACAGCAAUGCCAUUGGCAACGAGUUGAAUGCCACGCUGGUGGGUUCCAACAACAUCCAGCUCAACAAGAAGGGCACUAAACGGGCCACCCAGCAGCAGCAGCAGCAGCAACAGCAGCUGGGCCAUCAGAUCUUCAGCAGCAACGCCGUUGCCCCCACCUCGAUCAGCAGUGCCACGGCAGUGGGAGCCGGCGGCGGAGGCGGAGUCGGAGGCUAUGGACAGCUCAAUGCCACCGCCAUCAGUACGCCCACCUCGUUCGCCACUGCUGGCAGUGUGGUCAGCAGCGUCAGCGGCAGCAAGGGCCCGGCCAAAGGCCAAAAGGGGCAGCAGCAGUUCCAGCACUACCAGAGCAGUAGUCCGCUGAUAGCCGACAGCCCCAUCCCGAGUCCGAGCGGGGCCAUAACGGCGGCUGCCAUCAAGCCGCCUACUCCGCAGCCCCAGCAAGUGCAAAUGCUGCCGCAACAGUUCACCAUCUCGCAGCAGCAGCAGCAGCCUGCCCAGCAGGUCUUUCAGUUCAUCCAGGGCCCGCAGGGUCAGCUGAUAGCCACCGCCCCGCAGCAGCAGCAGCAGCAGCCCCUUCAGCAGCAGCAGGCGCCGCAGCAGCAGCAGCAACAGCAGCAGACGCAACGGUUCGUCAGCAAUGCGGGACUCUCGGGCCUGCCCACCGGCAAGACCGGCAAGGCGCCGCAGCAGAUCCUGCCCAAGCCGCAGCAGGAGAUCCAGCAGCAGCAGAAGAAGGUCGGUGCCGGCGGUGCAGGAUCCGGAGGAGGGGCUCAGAUCUCGCAGCAGCAAGCGGCCAGCAAUCCCACCCAGCAACAGCAGCAGAUCCUGCUGCCAGCCACCACCACACAGCCGCAGCAGUUGCUGCUCAACCAGAUGCCCGUGCUGGUGCAGCAGAAUCCGCAGGGAGUGCAGCUCAUCCUGCGUCCACCGACGCCCCAGCUGACGGCGACACCCUCACUGGUCAUCCAGCAGAACGCCCGCGGGCAACCCCAACUGCAGACACAGCCGGCGCAGCAGCAGCUGCUGCGAAUAGUGGGCACCAAUGGAACGACCAUGCAGCUGGCUGCCGCGCCCACCUUCAUUGUGUCCUCGCAGGCGAACCUCAUCCAGCAGACGUCGGCGGGUCAGUUCCAGAACGCCAUCAAGACGGGCACCCAGCUGACGGGUCUGCAUGCGGCCCUGGCCCAAGCCCAAGCCCAGGCUCAGGCGCAGGCGCCACGAUCUCAGCCGUUCGCCACGACGGCCACCUUGAACACCCAGCUCCUCGGCCAAUUGCAGCUGGCGGCGGCAGCCCAGAUCCAGAUGCCCAAUGGUCUCACCACCAUCUCCCAGCUGCCGGCCCACCUGCAGCAGAGCCUGGGCGGCGCCACCAUCAACCUCAACCAGCUGAAUGGUGCGCACAUCCAGCAGAUAGCCACUGCCUUUCAGGCACCGCAGGCUCCAGGAGCGAGUGGUGGGGCCAACUCCAACACCGAACUCUUCACGCAGUCCUCGCCGGCGCAUGUGCCGCUGGCCGUCACCCCAGAGCCCCUACGCCAGCCCACCCCGGUUCCCGUCCUGCAGCAGCAACAGCAGCAGCAGGCGGCCAUGGCUACCAUCCAGCUCCAGCAGCAGCAACAACAGCAGCAGCAGGCGCAGAUCCAGCAGCUGCAGCACCAACUGCAGCAAACCCAGUCCCAGGUGCAGCAAGCCCAGCAGCAGCAGUCUGUCCAGGCGGCAGCGGCGGCGGAACCGAAGAAGAAGCCACGGCCGCGGAAGAAGAAGCAAGCUCCCGCCGUGGCGAGCACUCCCUCGUCUGGUAGUUCCGUGGAGGUGAACCAAACGACGCCCCCCAAGAUAGCCAUUGCCGCGGCGCCCGCGCCCCAAGCCGUGCGCUCCAAGUCGCCGUCGCCACCACCCACCACGAUCCAGAGGAGUAGCAACGGAAAGCUGGAUCUCGGCGAUGUGAUGAAGUUCUGCGGCAUCACUGGCGACGAUGACGACGACGAGGACUACUCCAUAGGUCUGGAAACGGCAGCGGAGCCUGCCGAGCCCACCCAGUCGCAGUCGCAGCCGCAGGCGUCGUCCAGCGACAUCAUGAUCUCCAUACCGAACCAAAACGGCAGCGAUGGCCUGCCCUUCACCCUGACCAUUCCCGCACCGCAGCCUCUGCAGCAGACUACGGCGACGUCGGACACAGCCACCGAAAUACCAAAUAUCCUCAUCAAGAUCGAUCCCAGCGCCGAUGCGGCAGUGCCUCCGUUCGGACUGUCCACUCCGCGCCUGCCCACCGCCGAGGAAAUCCAGAAGCAGGCGCAACAGCAUCUCGCCCAGCAGGCGGCUGCCGCUGCCGCAGCGGCCAAGGCCUCCAAUGCCACGCCUACCAUCAGCAUCAGCCUGCCUAGCAUGUCGUUACAGCCCCAGGUAGUGCCCACACCCAUGGCCACGCCCACUCCGCCCACACAAGCAGCCGGAUCGGUGGCCGCCUCCACCACGGCGGCAGUGAAGCCGAGAAGGAAGCCAGCCGUGCGGAGGAACACCAAGAAGCCGGAUGCGCCGAACAGCGGCAACAACACCAUGAUCUCCUCCAGCAGCAGCAACAGCAGCACCACUCCCACCAUCAUAUCCAGCAGCUCGCUGCCCACUACGGUGAACACCAUCACCCUGACCACACAGUCGCCGGCGACGAGCAGCAGCAACUCCACUCUGAUGCUGACCCACGGAACGGCCACUGCGGUGCCCAGCCAGAUUGGCAACAUCCAGAUCUCACAGGUCCAGAACCACAGCCAGUCCGCCUUGCCCGUGAGCAGUGCGGUGGAGAACAAGAUCCAGAUUAUGCCGAUCCUGCCGCCAGGAGCCACUGUGAUGGGUGGAGCACCAGGAGGAGCAGCCGCCGGUCAAGCGCCCACCUCGCAGCCAACGCAACUGGUUUUCCAGUCGACGGCGCCCACGAUCAACGCGGAAUCCACGUCCAUCAAGCUCUCCACCGACGGCAGGCAGAUGCAACUGGUGACCAUUCCCCAGGCCACCCCACCACCAACUCCGGCCGCUACCCCAGCCAGUGCCACCCAAUCGGGAGUGACCACCACUCCCACUCUUACGGCAGGAGGUGCUACGAUCCUGCCGCCUCAGCUGACGGGAAUGCCCGCCAACGUGUCGGUUUCCGUGGGAUCACCUGCCUCGGCGGCAGCUCUGGUGCCCCAGCUGACUGGCAGUCUGACCCUCACCGUCUCGGAGCAGUGCGAACGCCUGAUCCUACGCCACGAUCCCAACAAUCCGCAAGACCACCAGUCGCAGCUCAUCCUGCAGGCCCUGCUGAAGGGCGCUCUGCCCAACGUGACCAUCAUCAACGAGCCCACGCGCGUUGAUCCCAGCAAGCAGCCCACUAUGCUCCAGCCACAGCAGCAGGUGAUCCAGAUCCCGCAGGCACAGACGCAGGUUCAGGCUCAGGCGCAACUGCAGCAGCAGACGUUGUCCAAGGUUUCAUCAGCUCCCAAGAUAGAAGUUAAAGUUACCAACAACAGGAAGCUGACAGCCCAUCCGGCCAGUAGCAUGCUCGGAGGUACGGGCACCACCACCACCACCACGACGAUGAAGCCACCGGCCACGUUGCCAGCCAAGCCGAACGAGGUGCUGUCCUUCCCCACUCUGCCGCUCAACUCGCAGGUGGUUAUCCAGCAGCAACCCCUGGCUCCCGGCCAAGUGCAGUCCCAGCUGCAGCCAGUCACCGUGCCCGUCACUAUUCCCGCCCAGCCAGCCACCAUAUCGGUGCCCAUGCCCGUGCCAACUCCAGCGCCAGCCCCGGCUCCCCAGCUGGCCAACAGCGGCCAGCAACGGUACAUUGCACUGCCGCCCAUCGAUCCCACCACCCAGCAGCUGUUCUGCCUGAAUAGUGUCACCAACCAGAUCACGGCCAUGAGUGCGGGCCAGACGGCGGCCUCGAUUGGGCCCACGGAGCGGUUGUUGAUCGCCCCGGCGGGCAUAAACGCCCAGCAGUUGGCCCAGUGCCUGCAGUUGGGUCAGCUCCACUUCAACGACGUCAACCCGCUUCCAACCCAGCAGCAGCAAGUGGCCGUCUCCGGAGGCACUUCGUCCUCCUUAACGCUAUCGGUGCCACUCCGCCCGCAGCCACCCCAGCAGCAAAUAGUGCAUCCCAUCCAGCCGAUCAGCAACGGACUGGCAAUCACGACCACUGCCAGUUCCACGCUGACCACCACCACCAGCGCCAUCACCACCACCACCACAACGGUGACCAAGCAGGUGGCCAACGUGGCGCCGAUCAUAGAUCAGAGUAAGGCCAAGUUGGAGCCGGCGAAGGCGGCCACCAGUGGAGCAGGUGGCGGGGGAGGAGCUGGCACUGGGGCGGUGGUGAAGAAGAAGCCUGUGCGGAAGCCAAAGGCCACGCCCACCAAUGCCUCGGAGCUGGCCAGCUUGAAGAACGCCAGUGUGGUGAAGCCCAUGCCCAAGCUGGACCCGCUCUCGCAGAAGCCCAACAACAAUCCGGUGCAGAUUGUGCAACCGAAUGUUGCGAGUGGCAAGCAGAUGAUUGUGGUGGGCAGCUCCAGCUGCAGUCAGACGACCACAACCACCACCACCACCAUGAGCAGCAGCAUCCAACCCUUUCAGACGACGAGUGGCACGAAGCUGGUGGGGGUGACGGCGCCCAUGCAGCAGCAACAGCCAACGGCGGCGCUACUUCAGCAACAGCAGCCCAGGACCAGCUUCACGGUGACCACGGCCACGCCCUCACCGUCGCCCACAGCCGCCCCUGUGGUCAGUGGUCUGCAGCUGCAGCAGGCAACCCAGCCCCUGCAGCAGCAACAGUUGCAGGUGCAGCAGCAGCAGUUGCAGACUCCAAAGCAGCCACAACCACAACCGAACACGGUGUCCCGGGUGCAGACCAUCCAACUGACGCCUCAAAUGCAGCAGGUCUUCAAGCAGGUCCAGAUGCAGAUCCAGUUCCUCACCAUCAAGUUGCAGAACAAGUCCAGUUUCCUGCCCGUCUCCCCGGAAAUCGACGCCUCAACGAUUGCCGCCUACAACAAGCCCAUGACCGACGUGGAAAUCCAUCUGGCGCUGCAGCGGCUCUUUGCCGAGCAGCACAGGAUUCUGGCCUCCGGCAAGGAGGUGCCCACGCCGGAGGGCAUGCUGCCCACGGCGAACGGCAAUGGGUUCACGCUGCUGCCACAGCCAGUGCAGCAGCAGCAGUUGCAGGCGUCCCUGCAGGCAGCAGAACCGCUGAAGUCCACAGUACCCGCCAAUGUGGUGCAGCCGAACAAUCACUCCUCCACCACUCCGGCGGCUGGGGGAGCUUCGGUUGUUGGAGCUGCAGGGGCUACCCAAAGGAUCCACAUCUACCCCAUGCAGCACCAGCAGCAGCAGCAGCCGGCGGGCAACAAGCAGCAGAAGCAAGUGCAGCAGAAGGUGACGCAAGAGCAACCGUCGCAGCCAUCGCAGCUGCAAAUAAAGCCCAAGGACCCAGCCAACAGGAACAAGGCCAGUAGCCAACAGCAACCACUGAACCCACAGCCACAGCAGCAGCAACAAAAUCAAAAUGGGGGCAUCACCAUGCUGCCCCAAAAGAGCGGCAUGUUGCCGGUGGUGCAACAACAACCCCAACAGCAGCCGGGUGGGUUGAACAAGAGCGGGCCACCGCCCUUGAUCUUUGCCAGCUCCACGAACCUGCUGAACAACACCAGCAAUGGCAACAGCACCAGCAGCACCAUCCUCAACAGCAACUCGGUGAUGCAGGUGAACAAUAUGCUCUCCAUGCCGCCCCUGCAACCGCAGCAACAGUUGCAACCACAGCAGCAGCAGCAACCGCCGCCACCCACACCGAUCCUGCCACCUGUGGCUGCCUCGUUGGGGGUGGGAGUUGGAAUAACGCCAGGAGCGAUUGGAUUGCCUUCGUUGCCGACGAUACCGAGCCUGCCACUGUACAUGCCGGGCAAGCUGGACGAGAUUCCGACGCAGAAACCCAAAAUAGCACGCCUCUCCUUAUUCGUGCGCCAGCUGGAGGUGGAUCAGGAGAGCUGCCUGAAGCCGGACUAUGUGAAGCCCUUCCGGACCAAAGACGAGGCAGUGAAGCGGCUGAUCAGAUAUCAUUGCAUGCAUGAGAACGAUGUGGAGUUGCACUCUGACGAGGACGAGGAGUUCGAGGCCACUGCCCUGGAGUUCCAGGACAAGUUCCGACAGCUCAACGGCAAGUUCCAAGAGAUCCUAAUGCAGGAAUCAACACUGCCACACCGCACCUCGGAGCUGCUGCAAAUGCAACAGCUGAUGAUCGAUGACCUCAAGGGCGAAAUCAACGACAUCCGAACUGCAGAGAAGGAACUGGAACAGCAACUGAAGCUGGAGCAGAACAGCGAAGCCCCCUCCACGCAGGAGAGCGACGCCCAGUCCGAGGCCAAAGUCAAGGAUGAGAUCAAAGAAGAACCUUUUGAGAAGUCAGCCCAGUCCGAGUCGGUGGUGGACAGGUUCGAUCUGCUGAAGAACAGUGCCGAUGUCAACAAGGCCUUCAGCAAACCGACGCCACAGGACCACAGCUCUGCCGUCAAGCAGGAGGAGAAGAGCGGAGGUGGUGAGCCGGCAGUCAACGGAGAUGGCCAGGAAAAGGAGUCUUCGAAGUUCAUAAAGAAGGACUUUGAUAACUUCGACAUCGAGUCUGAGCUGACCACCAGCUUCAUCAUGAAGAAGGUGGAGCACAAGUCGGAGGCACCACCCAAGAACGUGGAGAAUUGCUACCAAGAACGCAGUGUUCUGGAGCAACAGCCGUCGCAGCACCAACCACAGCAACAUAUCAAGGCCAAUAACCUGGAGCAAGUGGACCAGGAAGACGGCUGGUACUGCCUGCAGAAGGAACUGAAUCUGAUGAACAAUGAACCCCUGCAGCAGCAGCAGCCGCAGAUGAAUGGCAACCAGCAUCACAUGGCCAUCAAUCGUCCACCGCAGCAGCAGCAGCAGACAUCACAUUACAUGGACAACUCUAACACUGGAACCAUGAUGAACAACAGCAACCACAUUGGAGAUCUGUUUCCGAACGGCUGCAUCGACAAGAGCAACCAGAGCACCAGCAGCAGCAACAGCAGCUGCGCCAGCGACAACCACGGCGUGAAGAACAACUCGUCGUGCAGCGGGCAGCGGGAGCAGCCAGUGGUGAUGGACGCGGAGCAGCAGAACCAGCAUCCGGCGAUCAGCGAGUUCUUCAGCAGCGACUCGGAUGUGCAGAAGUCGGUGGAGAAUCGGCUGGAGGCCAUGUUCGGGGAGUCGCCCGUGCAUCUGGAUGUCAAGAACGGCAGCGAUGCUCACGACAUCGAGUCGAACCUGGACGAAAUCUUCGGCGAUUCAAAGUCGCCAGCCACCAACCACAAGACCAAGAUGAACAUGUGGGUGCCCGAUGCCUCGUUCAUGCAACAGCAAGCGGCGCCACAACACCAGCAGACGACCCAGUUCUCUGGCUCCCAGCAGCAGCAGCAUCACAUCGAGCUGAACUGCGACAACAACCCGCGCUGGAUGCAGAGCAUGGAGGCGCACUACAGCGACUUCAUGACCACUAGCACCAGCAACGGCGAGCUUGUCAAUGGAGACUCGCGCAAGCGGAGCUGGAUGGGCUCGGGCAGCGACCUGGAAGACGACAACAGCAGCAAACGGCUGUGCACGGCGUCCUCGUCGUCGUCCUCCUCGCCAAUGUCCUCCCAGCAGCAGCAGCAACAGCAACAUGUGCCGGUUCCACUCUUGGAUGCUGACAUGCUGCCCACCGGCUUCCCGCAAAUGCUGAUGGACCAGCAGCAGCACCAGCAACAGCAGCAGCACAACUUCACCUACGGCAACAUGAUGGACCAGCAACAGCAGCAGCACCCCCAGCAGCAGCACUUCCAGCACAACAUGCAGCACCAGAUGCAACACCAACAGCAGCAGCAAAUGCAGGUCAACCACAUGGGCGGAGCUGCGGGGGCCGAGUACGAUGACGACAUCAGCAGGCAUGUGGCCAGCGCCAUCGACAGCAUUCUAAACCUGCAGAACAGCGGCGACUCCCUGCAGUUCUCUCUGGGAUCCAUCCUGGGAGACAGUAUUCUGGAGGAUCAGAGGCAGCCGGGUAACUUGGCGAGCUGCCAGCAGGAGCAGAUGGUGAAUCAGCGACGCCGGCAGAUGGGCGACGAGAUGAACGACUGCCUGAUCAGCGGCGGUGGGUCGGGAGCGGGCAGCAGUAGUCUUCUGCUCGAGCACCACCACCAACAGCAGCAGCAGCAACAGCACCAGAUGAUGCAGGGUCACCAGCAGCAGGCGCAGCACAUGCAACACCAUCACCACCACCAGAACAUGCAGACCAUGUCCCAGUCCCAGGCGCAGCAUCUGGGCCAGCUGAAUGACUUCAGCUGCGGCCUGGACGACCCAGUCAAGUCGAUCAUGACGUCCUGACUUGGAGUAGGAGUUCCAGCGACCGCGUCGGCGGCAGAGAACGCCUCCAACAGCUUGAUCCUAGAGUUUAACGCCACCACACUGUGAAAGGCGGCGGAGAGACACGAGUCCCAAUUGUAUAGCGAACCGAAUUAGUUUUCCCGAUUUUGAUAUUGUUUACCCCCUUGAGUACAACCUUUUAUUAGACCUUAGCAUAAAUUGUUUUUAAUUAUUGUUUGUAUUGUUUAGUCCAAUAUUUGUACAAUGUUUUAAGCCACCUUCCGAUUAUCCAAUUAAUGCCCAGAGAAGUGGGAGGAGAGAGAGUAGUAGCAGUGCGACAGAUCCCCAAUAAAGCCAAGA